UUACUUAAAUUGUAUGUAAAAUAAUUUCACAACCAAGAAAAACUAUUGGGCACAUGAACGCACCGUUCUGACGUCAAACAAAUGGGCGUGGUCUGCCAGGUCACACUGGAGACUGACACCACGCUCUGUCAGUGAGCGCUGCUAGCUGUCUUGGUAAGCCGAGCCUGGGAGGUACGGCUAACCGGUGUGCUAAUUUCCCCUGCCUCUCACCUCGCUUACUUUCACAAGUCCCCUCAGUUUAACUGGUGGAACGACCGAGCAGCGAACGCCGCAGAGAUGUCUAAAGACGCUGAUGGAAAGAGCGAGAACAUCAUGGACAUGGAGAGCAAGGUGUUGUGGUACCCGGACUCUAAAAGGAACACCCAGAUGGACAAAUUCAGGGUACAAAUCAACGGGAACUAUGGUCUUAACAUAGUCACCUAUCAUGACUUGUAUGAGUGGUCGGUGGAAAACUAUUCUGACUUUUGGAUGGAGGUGUGGCGCUUCUGUGGGAUAGUGAGCUCCAAAACAUUUGACGAGGUGGUGGACACAUCCAAGCAGAUCUCAGAUGUCCCAGAGUGGUUUAAAGGUGCCCGCCUGAACUACGCAGAGAAUCUGCUCAAACAUGCUGAUCAGGACAAAGUGGCUCUUUAUGCUGCAACCGAGGCCAAUGAUGAGAUCUUGAAGGUGACAUUCGGGCAGCUGCGGAAGGACGUGGCCUUGUUUGCGGCUGCCAUGAGGAAAAUUGGUGUCCGGCCCGGAGACAGAGUCGUCGGCUACUUGCCCAACAGUGUCCAUGCGGUCGAGGCAAUGUUAGCAGCCGCCAGCAUCGGAGCCAUUUGGAGCUCCACAUCUGUUGAUUUUGGAGUCAAUGGCGUCCUUGACAGGUUCUCUCAGAUACAGCCCAAACUGAUCUUCUCUGUCGCAGCAGUAGUGUACAACGGAAAGACACAUGACCACAUGGAGAAACUGUGCAGCGUAGUUGAAGGUCUACCUGAUCUGCAGAAAGUAGUAGUGAUCCCGUAUGUACGUUCCAAACAAGAGGUUGACAUCUCCAAACUCCCCAACAGUGAAUUCCUGGAUGACUUUCUCGCAUCAGGUCUUGGGGAGGGCGGGCAGUUUCCGCAGUUGGAGUUUGAGCAGGUUCCUUUCAGCCAUCCUCUGUUCAUCAUGUAUUCAUCCGGAACCACCGGCGCUCCCAAGUGCAUGGUUCACUCUGCUGGGGGUUCACUGAUCCAGCACUUGAAAGAACACAUUCUCCAUGGCAAUAUGACCAGCAGUGAUGUCAUCGUUUACUACACCACGACCGGCUGGAUGAUGUGGAACUGGCUGGUGUCAGCGCUGGCGGUUGGAGCUUCAGUGGUUCUCUACGACGGCUCACCACUGAUGCCCACGCCAAACGUGCUAUGGAACCUCACUGAUCAGCUAGGUAUCACUAUCUUUGGCACCGGAGCCAAGUGGUUGUCAGUACUGCAGGAGAGGAACCUCAAACCCUCAGAAACACACAGCCUCCAGUCUCUUCACACCAUCCUGUCCACUGGAUCUCCCCUCAAACCUCAGAGCUAUGACUACGUCUACCGCUGCAUCAAGAGCGACGUGCUGCUGGGGUCUAUCUCAGGUGGCACUGACAUUGUAUCGUGUUUUAUGGGUCAGAAUGUGACAGUACCUGUGUAUCGGGGAGAGAUCCAAACCAGGAAUUUGGGUAUGGCUGUGGAGGCUUGGAACCUAGAUGGUAAACCAGUGUGGGGGGAAAGCGGGGAGCUGGUCUGCUUGAAACCAAUUCCCUGCCAGCCAACACACUUCUGGAACGACGAAGACGGAAGCAAAUAUCACAAAGCUUACUUUUCCACGUAUCCUGGUGUAUGGGCUCAUGGUGACUACUGUAAGAUAAAUUUGAAGACAGGUGGAGUUGUGAUGCUCGGAAGAAGUGACGGGACGCUGAACCCCAACGGAGUUCGCUUUGGCAGCUCAGAGAUCUACAACAUUGUGGAGGCCUUUGAGGAAGUGUCUGACAGUCUUUGUGUUCCUCAAUACAACUCUGAUGGAGAAGAGCGGGUCAUCCUCUUCUUAAAAAUGGCUUCCGGUCAUCUCUUCAUGCCAGACUUGGUGUCUAAGAUUAAAGGGGCCAUUAGAAAAGCUCUCUCAGCACGACACGUCCCCGCAAUCAUCCUGGAGACCAGAGACAUUCCGUACACCAUCAGUGGCAAGAAAGUGGAAGUGGCGGUAAAGCAGGUUCUCGCUGGACGGAAGGUUUUACAAAGAGGAGCUUUCUCCAACCCGGACUCCCUGGACCUGUACGAGAACAUUCCAGAGCUGCAGAACUACUGAGGAGCAAAAAUGUAUUUAUAAGAGACGAGAAGAAUGUUUUAAAGACACUUUUUUUUCGUUCUUGUUGUCUGUCAUGUGAGCUUUGAUGUGAGCUUUAACAUUGGAGUUCUGGAAUCGUCAUGCCUGUUCGCACGUGACGUGGUUUUAGGGUAGCGGGGUAAUCAAUUCCAUUUUAAUAGCAUUUCCAGGUGUCCGGUUCAGGUUGGUGGUUUCGUGAUCCGUGUGGGAGGAGCUUAGAGGCUUCGUCUCUUACCCCUUGUGAACCAGGUGUCAGGUCAGUCUAGCUCUCUGUUAAUCACGUAUUCAUUGGUUCCAACUCAACAACUUUCCUCUGACCUUUAAGAUUUCCUGAUCUUAAAAUCUUUGAUAUGCACUUUUCUGUGCUCAGUUACUGUUGAAGCUGAAAAUUACAUAAUGGACAAAAAUGAUUUCUAAUUUCACAAUAUGAGUAUCUAAUAUUCCAUUUUGAAACACCAUGUUUGCCCAUCUUGAGAUUUUUGGAGGGUUCUGUGUCCACAGUAGCGACCAUUUGCCGUUUCAUGGUGGAAAAUUGCAGUUUCUUUGCUUCUACCGACCAUUAUUCACAUAAUUUUUAAUGAAGUGAAGGAGAAUGGCUCUCAGAUGGGAAGUCAGUUUAAAGAGCUCUUAAAGCCGUUUCUUUCGCAGUCGACCUGUGACACCUCAAUGCCGAAGGCCCCCCCCCCCCGUUGUUGAUCCCUCAGACCGUGAUCGAAAACUUAUUUUAGUCAAAUCUUGUUAUUGACAUUUAUUUCAAUAUCGGUAUGAUGUCAUUUACCCCUAAAUGUGUCUAUAGUUAUUGUGCAUCCCUUCUAUUCAAUGAUAUCUGCUGCUUUAUUGUAAAAUAAUAUAAUUUAUUUUCUGUUUUAGUUGUUGUUGGCAAGCAUUCCUGACAGAACCGGUCAUGAGCGACUGAGGCGAUCCUCAUCAAUAAAAUAAUCAACUAAAACCAAUGAAAGGCUUCCUAAAAAUGCAUCAAAGGUUUUCAAGAGUGCUUUAUUUCGUUGAGGACAUUUAAUCCCAAAGCGAGGCAUGUUGGACUCCCAAACCUCAGAUGAUGUAAACAAAAUAAAGACAGGGAUGUAA